CGCAAGUUCUCCCCUGACGGACGAUGCUUUAUUGCCUUUUCUUCUGAUCAGACUUCUUUGGAAAUCUAUGAGUACCAAGGAUGCCAAGCUGCUGAAGAUCUUCUUCAGGGUCAGGAGGGAGAAACGCUGGCCAAUGGGAAUGACCAGCGCUCCCUCAACAUCAGAGGCAGACUCUUUGAACGCUUCUUUUCUCUUCUCCACGUCACCAACGUGGCCUCCAACGGUGAGCACUUGAAUAGAGAGUGCAGUCUUUUCACUGAUGACUGCCGUUAUGUGAUCGUCGGCUCAGCUGCUUACCUGCCUGAGGAACCACAUCCACACUUUUUUGAGGUGUACAGAAACAACGAAUCUGUGACACCGAACCCACGCUCUCCUCUUGAGGACUACUCACUGCACAUCAUAGACCUGCACACGGGCCAGCUGUGUGAUACACGCACCUUUAAAUGUGACAAAAUCAUUCUGUCACACAAUCAGGGGCUGUAUCUGUACAGAAAUAUACUGGCAGUGCUUUCUGUGCAGCAACAGACCAUACAUGUCUUUCAGGUGACACCGGAAGGAACCUUCCUUGACGUGCGCACUAUUGGUCGUUUUUGCUAUGAGGAUGACCUGCUGACACUGUCUGCUGUUUACUCUGAGGCCCAGGCUGAAGGCCAGCCCGGUUUCUCCCGUCUGUAUAAGGAGAAGACCAUCAACUCCUUAAAACACCGUCUGUUGGUGUACCUGUGGAGGAGAGCAGAGCAGGACGGCAGCGCCACGGCCAAACGCCGGUUCUUUCAGUUCUUCGAUCAGCUCAGACAGCUGCGCAUGUGGAAGAUGCAGCUCCUGGAUGAACAUCACCUGUUCAUAAAGUACACCAGUGAAGACGUGGUCACGCUGAGGGUCACUGACCCCUCACAGCCCUCUUUCUUCGUGGUUUACAAUAUGCUAACCACCGAAGUUAUUGCGGUUUUCGAGAAUACUUCAGACAAACUUCUGGAGCUUUUUGAAAACUUCUGUGACCUCUUCCGGAACGCCACGCUCCACAGUGAGGCUGUGCAGUUCCCCUGCUCUGCUUCCAGCAACAACUUUGCCCGUCAGGUGCAGCGCAGGUUUAAAGACACCAUCGUGAAUGCCAAAUACGGAGGUCACACAGAGGCGGUCAGGAGGCUUCUCGGGCAGCUGCCCAUCAGUGCUCAGUCCUACAGCAGCAGCCCAUAUCUGGACCUCUCCCUCUUUAGCUAUGACGAUAAGUGGGUGUCCGUCAUGGAACGGCCGAAGACUUGUGGUGAUCAUCCCAUACGGUUCUACGCAAGGGACUCAGGGUUGCUGAAAUUUAAGAUCCAGGCAGGCCUGCUGGGCAGACCCAUUAACCAUGCGGUCAGGAGACUGGUCGCGUUCACCUUCCAUCCCUUUGAGCCGUUCGCCAUCUCUGUGCAGCGCACCAACGCCGAAUACGUCGUCAACUUUCAUAUGCGCCAUGGAUGUGUAUGAUAACGCAUGUGUGAGUAGAGACGUGUGCCUCGAGAGACUCUGUUUGUUUUCUUUUAUACAUCCUUUUUAUAUUAAAGUUUUAUUUAUUUCAAAUGUGAUGUCUUUUAUGCAUUUACACUAAGUGUUUUUAUCUUUAGCUUUUCCGUUCUUUAACUACAUUGCAAUGUGCAAAAUAAAGUGGUUUAUUUAUAUUACA